AUGUCGAGGACUCCUCAGUAUCCAUUACUUGAAUACCUUGUGUGCCUAUCCAGGCUUCCCAACGGCUUUGCUGUCAAAAGCUGUGGCUUGUGUGGAAUGAAGCCUCCAAGAAACAAAUUAGAAGCUUCAAGUUUGGGUCUUUGUGAGAAAAUUGAAGGACUGAUCGAGAGGGAGAACCCGUUACACCUUCAGAUGAGCAUGGAGAGCUCGGUCACCUCUCUGAUGGACCUACUGAUCAGCGUGCUGAGGACCAACUCCUGGUACAAUGUCAGUGUGGUGCUGUGCCGAGGCUGGGACAUCUCCCACUUCCUCAAUUACGUCAACAACAACUCCCGCUUCCGGCUCCAGGCGCUGCUCAACCUGACCGGCCUGGAGGACGUCUCCAUCGCUCGCUUCUUAAAGGAGCAGCUGCCUCGUCUCCGAGGCUCCUCCACAUCUCUGCUGAUGUUCAGCGGGGACGCUAACUGCUCGAGCCAGGUGUUUGACACUGCGGCAGCUCUCGGCCUGGCCUCCCCCGAGAUGCACUGGGUGAUUGGGCAGCCCCUGGGGGUGGAGGAGUUGCAGACAGCCGGCUUGCCCCUGGGGCUCCUGGCCUACGGGAAGGUGAAGAGGCCCAUCCUGGCCAACUAUGUGAGGGAUGCGGUGGAGCUGGUGGCCAGAGCCAUUGCCGCAGCCGUCCUGGUGCGGCCGGACGUCGCCCUGAUCCCCAGCAUGGUCAACUGCAACGACAAACAGAGGCAGGGAACCAUCUCCUCGGGACAAUAUCUUUCAAGGUUUUUGGCGAACACCUCGUUUGAUGGGGCCACAGGCUACAUCCACGUGGAGGAGGUGUCGCGGAUCCGCACCGAUCACCGCUACCAUAUCUGGAACCUGCGUCAGGACCCGCUGGGCAAACCCACCUGGGUGACCGUGGGCAGGUGGAACCGAGAGAAGAUCGAGAUCGAGAAGGGAAUCUGGCCCAACCAGAUACAGAGCAUGAAGAACAACGGGGAGGAUGCAGGGCAGGCCAGGCUGCGGGUGGUCACGUUGGUCGAGCUGCCCUUCGUCUUCACCCGGGCCGUGGACAGCGAUGGGACCUGCCCCGCCGGCCGCCUCUGCCUGGACCCUCACACCAACGACUCCGCCGUCCUCCAGAGGCUCUUCGCGCAGCUCAACAGCGAGAACGGGUCUGUGCCCACGGAAUACAAGCGCUGCUGCUAUGGUUACUGCAUCGACCUCCUGGAGCACUUGUCCGAGGACCUCCAUUUUGAGUUUGACUUGUACAUCGUGGGCGACGGGAAGUACGGGGCCUGGAAGAAUGGGGGGUGGACGGGGCUGGUGGGGGACCUGCUGAGCGGGGCCGCCCACAUGGCCGUCACCUCCUUCAGCGUCAACUCGGCCCGAAGCAAAGUCAUCGACUUCACCAGCCCCUUCUACUCCACCAGCCUCGGCAUUAUCGUCCGCUCCAAAGACACGGCAGCGCCGAUCGGGGCCUUCAUGUGGCCGCUGCACUGGUCCAUGUGGGUCGGGAUCUUCGUGACUCUUCACGUGACGGCGCUGUUCCUGACUCUCUACGAGUGGAAAAGCCCAUUUGGAAUGACUCCCAACGGGAGGAACAGGAUGAAGGUCUUCUCCUACUCAUCCGCUCUCAAUCUGUGCUAUGCCAUCCUCUUUGGGAGGACCGUGGCCAGUAAAACUCCCAAGUGCUGGACCGGACGGUUCUUAAUGAACCUCUGGGCCAUCUUCUGCCUCCUGGUCCUGUCCAGUUACACGGCUAAUCUUGCCGCCGUGAUGGUCGGGGAGAAAACAUUUGAGGAACUUUCCGGGAUUCAUGAUGCCAAGCUGCACCACCCCUCGAGGGGGUUCCGCUUCGGCACCGUGCGGGAGAGCAGCGCCGAGGAUUACAUGAAGAAAAGCUUCCCUGAGAUGCACGAGUAUAUCCGCAGAUACAACGUCCCCACCACCCCUGAUGGCGUCACUCAGCUCAAGACAAACCCACCCAACCUGGACGCCUUUAUCAUGGACAAAGCGCUGCUGGACUAUGAGGUGUCCAUCGAUGCCGACUGCAAACUGAUGACUGUGGGGAAGCCAUUCGCGAUUGAAGGCUACGGCAUUGGUCUGCCCCAGAACUUCGUGCUCAGCUCCAACAUCUCGGAGUUUAUCAGCCGCUACAAGUCGGACGGGUUCAUGGACGUUCUGCACGACAAGUGGUACAAGGUGGUGCCGUGUGGGAAGCGCAGCUUCGCAGUGAACGAGACUCUGCAGAUGGGAAUCAAGCACUUCUCGGGAUUGUUCGUGCUGCUGUGUCUGGGUAUGGCCGGGUCCCUGCUCAGUACCGCGGGGGAACACCUCGUCUUCCGUCUCCUUCUGCCCAGGAUCCGCAAGCGCAAGAAAUUCAAAUACUGGCUCCACACCAGCCAGAAAAUUCACCGUGUUUUAAACAUGAGUUUUGAAGAGCAGAAAAAUCCCAAACUGAAGACAGAUAAAAGCUGUAAUCUGCAAAAAAUGCAGGGAGCUCUCCCCAACCCGGCUCGAGUCCCUGGCGCUGGGCUGACUGGGUGGAACAACUUGCGCAGGAUCACGCUGAACGAGGACAGGAGGAGCCCGGCCGGGCUGGAGACCUGCAAACGCAUCCGGCAGCUGGUCAGGAGCGAGGCCUUGGUGGGCCGCGUUUGCGAGAAUGGGAGCGUGGAACCCCAGCGCGAGAGCGAGGAGCGGGAGGCCGGUCACAUCGAAAUGAAGGAACUAGAGGAGAGGAUCGAGAGUAUCAAAGAGCAGCUGAGAACAGCCAUCAUCAGGAAGAGUGAACUGAUGGCCAGUCUCACCAUCUCACCCAAAGACAGCAGCCAAUCCACGGGGACAAACGUCACAGAUGGCAACAAGAGGUGAUGGUGAUAAGAGGCCGCCACCAAAACACAACGUAAACAGGCGACAACUCCCCAGUGCAAACCCCACAAUUUCAGGACAUCGUGAGCCACGUGUCGAGAAUGCCACCGGCAGAGCUGAACAAUGCUUUUCCUGGAUACAUUGGAUUUUGUACUGUGAAUACUGUUGGGGUAAAUUCAGGGUCUUUUACUGGUCUGACAGACAGACAGACACCACGUGUAUCUUGGAACAUUUAACAUAAUCUAUAUAUUUAAGAAGCUGCAUUAACACUGACACUGAGCUCUGGAGGGAAGCUAUCUCACCAACACUGCAGGAUAAGGUGACAUGGGUUUGUUCCACAGAAGGGAGGGAUGGAGGGAGAGAAAGGGUAUUUUGAGAGUAUUGCAAAAUAUAAUUUCCUGCUAAACCUUAUAAAGUCUCCUUUGCUGAUUGAGAGGUUCUUCUGUUAAUCAACGUUCUUCUGUCACUCUGGAAAGAUUGGCUGUUUUAGUUGCGCUGAGACAUGAGGAAGCGUCUCUGCCUGGGGCAGUGUUGGCAAGUGUUCCAGAUUCUGAAAAGCUUGGCUCAGAAAUGCCUUCUCUUGAGGGUCAGCAGAAAAGUAUUGGUUUGUCGAAUUGAAAAAAAAUCUGUCCAAGAUGAGCUUUCCAGCUCCGUCAGCCUCUCAGCCC